CCAAGCAUUUAGGACUUCCGCUGUAGCGACUCUCUCUCUAUACGGCUCUGACACUAGCUAGCUAACUGAUUAUAUUAUAUAAAAGAGAGAGCGAGAAGGAGAGAGAAAGAAGGAGAGAGAAAGAAGGAGAGAGAAAGUGAGAGAGAAGUUAGGCUAAAUAGCAGAACAUUAACUGGUUAUAAACUGACACACAGCAGAGGAGCUGAGGAGCUCAGUUCCCCAGAACCUGUAGAGCUUCAGACACAGCUGCAGAGAACGGCUUCACUUCAGCUUCAACUGGAUCCAAACUGGACAGAUAAGUGAAUCUAUCUGACUGACUUUAGUAAAGAGCAGUGGAGCUUCUGUGUUAGACGGAGUUUUACUGUCUAGUAGCCACUGUGCUAGCUAACGCUAACAGGCUAGCUAACGCUAACAGGCUAGCUAACGCUAACAGGCUAGCUAACGCUAACAGGCUAGCUAACGCUAACAGGCUCAUGUACAUAGAUACUGCUAACCUUCAAGCUAACGCUAACCGACAAACUAACGCUAACAGGCUAGCUAAUGCUAACCGGCAAGCUAACAGCCUCAAGUACGUAGAUUCUGCUAACCUGCAAGCUAACGCUAACAGGGUAGUUAGUUAACCUACAGGAGAGAAACUCCUGUUUAUGGUUUAAACUACAGAACAGUGUGUGCUGAAGCCAAACGCUCAAUACAGCCAAACAAUUAAACAGUGGGGAAAUCCAGCUCCCUAACUAGUAAAUAUAGCCUUUGCAUUUAUAUUACGUUAUGUGUUUAUAUCGUAAAUAUAAUAUACUGCAUGUUUUAAAGGCAUUAUUAAUUGGGACUCGAAAAAAUGCAAGAAUAUACCAACCUUAAUAGUUAUUCACACAAAGUAGCUAGCUAACCUUUCUAACUCCUUCAUUGAUUUCACAGAUUUAGUAAAUACUGCGGUAAUAAGAAGCUCUAAAUAUCAGUUAAUUGGUUAAUUUACCCACUGUUGUUACCGGAUUCAGCAUUUUACCGGGCCCAUUGUAAGUGUGGGUGUCGUACUGAAUCAGGUGUAAAUGAUAGAGAUUAUUAAAACUUGUGUGUAGUGAGUAAAUAUGAAGUGAUUAGGUUGGUGUGGGCUAUUGUAAUGCAGGUGUCAUGUGUGGCUGCUGUAAUGAUUAAAUGGCAAAUUCUGUAGUUAGGAACUUUACUUACAUUGUAUCUAACUUGUAUUAUUUAUUCUCACAGAUGACAGCCACACUCCCCUGGAUAUCUUUAAAAUGUAUUUUCCAGAGGAUGCUCUGGCAGCCUGCUCAAGGAAUAACCUGGACAAUUUACACUAGAAAAGAGCUACUUUCCUACAGACCAGAUUCUCUUAUUACUCUGUAAUGUCACUGACUUUCCUCCUAUGGGAAAAUUUUGAGCCAAAAAAUGCCCGCUGUAUGAAAACGGUAUGAAGUAUUGUUCCAAAAAGCACAAGCAACGUAAUUCAGUUAUGUGGUUGUAAUGUGAAAGCUGUAGGAGGAGUAGCAUAUAGAAAAACGCAAACAGAAUAAUAAGAAGAAGAAGUAGCACUGAUUAGCAUAGUGGUGGUAAAUGAGGUGUUAGUGUGUGUUGUGCUGGUACAAGUGGAUUAGACACAGCAGUGCUGCUGGAGUUUUUAAACACACCAGCAGCUCUGAAAGGGCUGGUUAAUACGCUGAUUAUUUGAUUUCAGUUAGUUGGAAGCAGGGAAAGGACUAAAUGUGCAGUGCAGGGGGCGGCAGGACCAGGAUUGAGAGGUUCAAGCUGCCAAUGUUGGGUCCUUGUGGAGUUCAAAUUCCAGCUAUCGAUUAAUUUUGUAAUCGAGUACUCUACUGAAAAAUCGAUUUGAUUAAUCGAGUAAUCGGAUAAAACAUUUUUGCUUGCUUAAAGAGCAAUUAAAAAGACACAAGAGAAAACAAGUCAUUUCACUUAUUAAUGAAUGACCAAUUCGGUUUCCUUGUUUAGAAAAGUUAUAUAUUUAAAUUCACAACAUACAUUUCCAAAUUGCAAAUACAAAUAAAUAAAACACAAUUAAGAAAUAAAUACCACAAGUAAAAAUACAAUUACUUACAUUACUUUUAAAUUAGGAUUCCUUGUAAGUAUCAAAUAUAGGGUAUUAAUCAAUAAAAAAGGCGGAAACAUUGUCUUUGUGUUUUGCAUCUUAGCUUCUGAACAGCAGAGACGUUGCCAGGUCUGCCAGUGUAGGAUAAGCUCGCUGCAUUCUUUUACCACCAAGCCGGUUCUCCAAAAUAUACCAGGACUUGUGGAAUAAUUGUGACAACAGAAGUAUUAAAAAUGUUGCUUUUUAGUUUAUUUACAUUUUGGUUUGUGCAUUGGGGCACAUUAGGCACUAGUGGUAAUUAAUAUUUUAUCCAAUAAUAUUUCAUUCAAUAAAUAAGAGACAAACACUGACCUAUAUCAACCAAGAAAUCAAGCAUAUUGUUAACAGCUAACUUUAACAUGUAUUUAACAUGUUUAUAUUCUGAACUCCUCAGCGCUGUGUUUACUGUUUACAUAAAGCCUAUAUUAUUACCCACACAUUAGACAGUUUUCCUAGUAAUCAGUACUCCACAGGGCAGUCGUUAUGUUAAGGUACAUUAAUGUUAAUCUCAUUGAUUUAUUAUAAGUUAUAUUUAACUGGUCUCUCAGCGUCCUCGCGUCUCGUCAGCUGAGAUGGUGCAAUUACACAUUCUCACCAGAAAGGUCUCCAAAUCCCCAAAUCUCAGAAAAUUGCACGCUGUCUUUUUAUGUGAUAGUGAAAGUAAAAUUUGAUGAUUUCCUGGAUUUUUUGCAGGGUGUGUGAGUGUGUGAAUCGGUGUGUGUCGUGUCUGGAUCUACAGUUUUGUCAUUAAUGUAAGUUAUCCUGAGUCUCUACAAUAGUUCCUGUUCGAGUCAGACAGUGUGAGUAUUGUUAUCUUGGCUAAUAAGUAGAAUUACAGGAUAGUUCUGUUCACUUCUCUCCAACAGAGAACCAGGAAACAAAAUCUUCACACUGUAAAAUGGCAGAAGCCAAUGCUGAUCCUGAAGAUGUGGAGUGUGAUUUCUGUACUGGGAGAAAACACAAAGCCAUCCAGUCCUGUCUGGUGUGUCUGGCCUCUUUCUGUGAAGCUCACCUCCAGCCUCACUACCAAUCUCCAGCCUUUAAGAAGCACAAGCUGGUCAAAGCCUCCAGACGACUCCAGGAGCAGAUCUGCUCUCAGCACGAUAAACUGCUGGAGGUUUACUGUCGCACCGACCAGCAGUCUAUCUGCAUGCUGUGUACCAUGGAUGACCAUAAAGGACAUGAUACAGUGUCACUUGGAGCAGAAAGAUCUGAGAAACAGAAGCAGGUGGUGGAAACACAGAGGAAAUACAAGAAGAGAAUCCAGGAGAGAGAGAAGGAGCUUCAGGAGUUAACAGAGGCUGUGGAGACUCACAAGCGCUCUGCUCAGACAGCAGUGGAGGACAGUGAGAAGAUCUUCACUGAGAUGAUCCUCUCCAUUGAGAGAAGACACUCUGAGGUGAGGCAGAUGAUCAGAGAUCAGGAGAAAGCUGCAGUGAGUGAAGCUGAAGAACGUCUGAAGAGACUGGAGCAGGAGAUCACAGAGCUGAAGAGGAGAGAUGCUGAUCUGGAGAAGCUUUCAUUCACAGAGGAUCACAUCCAUUUCCUCCAGAGUUUUCAGACUCUCUCAGCUCCUCCUGGAUCUUCAGCAUCACCUGCUUUUACUCUCAGUCCUCUCAACACUUAUGAAGUUAUUAUGAAGUCUGUUUCUCAGCUGAGAGGAAAACUAGACGAAUUCUGGAAAGAGGAAUUUGAGAAGACAUCAGCUGCAGUGAAGGAAGUGCAGAUCAUUCUUCCUCCUGAACCCAAAAGCAGAGAAGACUUCCUGGAGUAUUCCUGUCAGCUCACACUGGAUCCAAACACAGCUUUUAAAUACCUCCUCCUGUCUGAGAGGAACACAGUGGUGACCUGCAGCAACACAGUCCAGCCAUAUCCUGACCAUCCAGACAGAUUUGAUGGAUGGGCUCAGGUUCUGUGUAGAGAGAGUGUGAGUGGACGCUGCUACUGGGAGGUUGAGUGGAGAGGAGAUGGAGGGGUUGAUAUAGCAGUGUCUUAUAAAAGCAUCUCCAGGAAGGGAGGAGGCGGGGAGUGUGGGUUUGGAUGUAAUAAUGAUCAGUCUUGGAAAUUGUUCUCUAAUUCCUCCAGAUACACAUUCAGUUACAAUAACAGAGAAACUGUAAUCUCCGGAGUGCCCGUCUCCUCUAGAGUAGGAGUGUAUGUGGAUCACAGGGCAGGAACUCUGUCCUUCUACAGCAUCUCUGAUACCAUGACCCUCAUCCACAGAGUCCAGACCACCUUCACUCAGCCGCUCUACGCUGGGUUUGGGUUGAGCUCCAACUCAUCAGUAAAUCUUUUACUUUCAGCAAAAUAGAUGAACAUGCAGAACAAAGAGAAGAGCUGGAUGAGAUCAGAUAAGAACUGCAGAAUCUAGACUGUAGAACUGAUCAAAUAAAGUUAUAAUAGUGCUGGGAGAUAUUGUUAAUAUAAAUAAUCAUAAUUCUGAACGGUAAUUACGUCUGUCCCAGAUUAGAACUGCAGGUACAUUUCCUGUAUGGAAAGAUUUAUUCAGAUUUAGCGUUAAAUAGUUUAAACUGUUUAUAUCAUUAACAGAGCUCACAGUAACAGAGUUCAUAUUUUAAACUUCAUAUUACAGAAUUUUAUUAAUUUUUAACACAUUAUCAUUUAUUAUAAACUGAAUGAAAGAUCACAAUAAAAUGUAAUAUAAAUAGAAAAUAUACAUUUAACUUACUGUACACUACACACAUUAACUUAAAAAAUGAACACCCAGUUUUAGAAUAUUGCACUGUUGAUUGUAGCUUAAAUUUAAUAUAUUUAUCAUCGCUGUCACGUAAAAACAUUAUAUCUCUAAAGUAGCAACUUUACAUUUCUAUUUGCCCUUUCAUCAGGAAAUAUUGACACAGUAUGAAGAUAAAGUAUAAACAUAAGAUACAGUAGACAUAAGGUGUUUGUGUUACAGCAGUUUUAAACUAAUUAAUCUAAUAUAUGUUUUCUCAUUGGUUUCUUUUGCAGCAUUGAACCUAGCAUUCUUAGACUACGCUAGAACUAGAACAGAUCCAAUCAGGUUUAUUAUCACAACAAUGGAAACACAAUAUAUAGAAAUAAAAAUAAAAAUAUAAUAAAUACAUUAACUUUAACUCUUCACUCUACAACAUAAUUACACUGUUUUAAAAUUUACUGACCAGUAUCGGCUUAUUCAGAUUUUUGAUUAAUCAACAUCACUAAACUAAUCCCUGUCAAAGGUGAGAAAAGUAUCUCCAUUCAUUACUCUGUAGGUAGAAGUAUAGAUACUAGAGUUUAAAAUACUUCAGUAGAAGUUGAAGCAUCAACUCAAGCUUUUUACUCUUUAAGUAAAAGUAUAAAAGUACUGGUUUCAAAACUACUUAAAGUAUAAAAGUAAAUGUAAUGUAAGGGGCAAAUAAUAAAGCCAUUAAGAACAAAAGCUUAGGCCACGCCCACAGAGUCUUAUAGUGCACUACACCCCUCUCUAAAACAUUUUUUAUAAGCUAUAAUGACUAUAUUGUGCUAUUAAAAUGUUAAUGUUGAUAAUAUAAUUUGGGAUUUUGCACUAGGCUGUUCCCUGUUUUAGCUGCAUAUAUUCUCAUUGUAAAUGAAUGUAUUUUAGUAGAAUGUAAAUAUAUUAAAGAAGCUUAGUUUGUCUGGAGUUUUUUCUGUAGCAUAAAACCCACAAAGCUAUUUAAACUGUGCUACUUUAAUUCACCUACUGAUUUCAAAAGACUAAAAGACAUUUUUUUUUCUCUUUAAAGCUCUCAACAGAUAUGUUCUAUUACAUGAAAUAAAGUUAACAAUUAAAACGUUAAAAAGAAGAGAGGAGAAUAGCUCUGGAGAGUGUCUUCCGUGUUUAUCAGAUUGCUUCUAAGUGACUGAAAUUAAGGGGGUUUUAUGGAGGAUUUAAGCAAUAAAUCUGAGUUUAUAAAUGUUUUAGAAUAAUAAAAAUAAAAACAGAACUAUAUCACAUGAUUCAGCACUGCAGAAACAUUUUCUAAAGCUUUUAAACUCCAGUUAUAAACCUUUUAAACUCCAGUUAGCUCUCUAACCAUUCAGCACACAUUAGCAUCAAUGCUAACUAGCUCCUCUCUUCUAAAUUUACAUUUAAAGGUAAACUUUCUUUGCUGUUUUAGUAAAAUGAAUCAUUUUGCUUUGUAAAAUCAGAAGAAUAUUCAAAACAAGUAGUUAGACUUUAUUUUAACUUGGGGUUUUAGUUGAGGCUAAUACUAAUGCUAAUGCUAAUAAUGAUGAAGGAGGGGGCAUGUUUGUUUACUUUGUGUUAGAUCCUGUGCUGCACUGAUAUAGAUUUACACCCACAGUGAUAAUAAACGUAUAGAAUAAGUAAUAUAAUAAACUUAGGUAAUUAGAGGGUCACAGUAAUUAGAAGAAGAGGAGAAUUUAGCUUCAACAACAGAGUUUUAAACAGACACAACGCAGAAAUAUGGGGGUCUUGAGGAGCUCCAUUUAACUUAUAUCCUCCACCUUAAACAGAAGAGGAGCUGGUAAAUUAGCUAGUUAGAUUAUUAAUAAAUAUUUACAGCUUCUCAUUAUCUCAGUGUUUUAUCUUGUUGUAGAAAAGAAAAUGAAAGGUGGGUCAACACCCACCUCUCGUCCGGGGUACAACUCCCCUACGUGUUCGUUUGAUAGAGAGUCGCAGACAGGUGGAGUGAAGUUGAAAGCAAACCAAGUAUUUAUUACAAAGUACUGAAUAUUCAGGAGAACCCACACAUGAAAGACCGUCUAACAGCCGUCCCAGUAUAAGUUCUGACCCCCCUCUGAUCUGACUCCAUGUUUAUACCCCAAAUGACGUGAAACCUGCUGAUGAGGCGUUGCUAAAAUCAUCUCAUGUUAGUAUGCAUAAUUUCACGUGUUAGUAAUCCAUUUCACGUGUCUGACCGGACCAACAGUGUUUGGCCUUGACUGUAUCCAGCCGGACAGUGUGGUAUUGUUUCAGGAAUUGGACAGCGCCGUCCUCCCUAUGUGCGCGCGUCCUCCUCCCGCUUUGGUAGGUGAAGAACUUUGCACGCACAGAGAGAAAGGCCGCACUGUUCGUCCCGAAGUCUCCUUUGUAUCAAUUCAGUUCGUACAGAGUGCACUAGCUGAUGAUUGAUGGCCGUUAGUCAGAGACAUGCAGUGAACGAAAUGCUUCAAGCAUGAGCUACGCAAGUCACACAA